AAACGAGAUGAGCAACGAGGAGGCUCUGGCUCUCGCCCUUUCUUUCUCUCUCUAGAGCACUACGCGUUCUCUUUCUUCUCUCUCCUCUGGAUGGAGAGCACUCAGCUCUGCUCGGAGAGCUUCACUUUCUCUCUCCUCAGAGCCUUUCCUCUCGUUUAUUUAUUCCUUCUCCCCGGCCGGCUCUCACUCAUCGCCCAUCUCUCAUCCAUCAAUCCUCUUCGGCUUCUCUCUAUCUUCCAGUCCAAGUCCUAGGAAUAACACAGCGCAACAACUCGCACCACCACCACUACCAGCUGCGCAGUAGCUAGCUACCAGCUGCUCGCUCACGCUCAGUGCUGCGGCUUGGUUUGGGCAGCUCGGUGCGCCUCUUCGAUCUGCCCCUCGAGGAGGCGUGAGGGCGUCGCAAGAACGAAGCGGCGCGCGGCACCCUGCUGCGCACGAUCGAUCGAGCACGCAUGUUCCCGGCGGCCGAGGUGUCGGCGCUCGCCGGCGCGGCGGGGCGGCAGGGCGAGCGGGGCGUGCUGCCGAUGCUGCCGCCCUUCUUCAUGGGCUCCAUCUGGCCCGCGGCCGCCGACGGCGCUGCAGGCGCCGCCGACUCCGAGGAGGACGAGGCCGCGGCGGCGGCUGCGGCGGCCGCCGCCCACGACCGCGCGCUCGCCGCGUCGCGCAACCACCGCGAGGCCGAGAAGCGCCGGCGCGAGCGGAUCAAGUCGCACCUCGACCGCCUCCGCAACGUCCUCUCCUGCGACCCCAAGAUAGACAAGGCGUCGCUGCUGGCGAAGGCGGUGGAGAGGGUGCGGGACCUGAAGCAGCGGGUGGCCGGCGUCGGGGAGGCGGCGCCGGCGCACCUGUUCCCGACGGAGCACGACGAGAUCGUGGUGCUCGCGUCGGGCGGCGGCGCCGUGUUCGAGGCCUCGGUCUGCUGCGACGACCGCUCCGAUCUCCUCCCGGAGCUCAUCGAGACGCUGCGCGCGCUCCGCCUCCGCACGCUCCGCGCCGAGAUGGCCACCCUCGGCGGCCGCGUCCGCAACGUGCUCGUCCUGGCGCGCGACGCCGACGGGGGCGGCGUUCCGGGAGACGAUGACGGGUAUGGCGGCCGCACUGACUCGGCGGACUCCACUGAGAGCAACGGCGGCGGCGGCGACUUCAUCAAGGAGGCCCUGAGGGCUCUUGUGGAGAGGCCGGGAGCUGGAGGCGGCGACCGGCCAAAGAGGCGACGUGUCUCGGACACGAACAUGCAAGCGGCAGCCUAGCACGCCGGCGGCCGCGCCGGCCGGUCGGCUGAUGAUCAUUCGGCCAUAUAGCUCGAUCAAAUAGCUAAUUGCGUGCAUGAUCAUGUCAUGGUACUAGCUAGCUAGCUCCAUCUAUCUCAAUGUUUAGUUUUGUGUGCUGCUUGUGCUAAUAUAAUGAGUUGCUAGGUCUCUUCUCCACAUGCAUGCAUGGCUCUUCUUGAGAUGCCAUUAGCCCAUUAGGAAGAAAAGUAUACUAGUAUGGUGGUACUGCUAGGGUUUGCUUGAGCUUGAAUCAAUGUUGUUCCAAAGCCAUUGCAAACCCAGCCCUUGAAUAACAAGAGUCAGGCAGAAGGCAGCACAAAUGCAAAGCUGCAGGACUUGUUACCCAACUAGCUUAUUAGUUAUAUAUUAAGCACAAUAAUAUAAUAUAUAUUUCAAUAUUGGAAGCUUAAUAAUAAGAUCACAAGUUUUUUUUUCC